AUGCCAUAUAUCACAGAAGGAGAGCCCAAACCUAUCGGUUCGUAUCCCGACUCCGGCAUCGAUGUUCUCAUCGUAGGAACCGGCCUGGCCGGCCUGACGGCAGCGAUUGAGUGCCGUCGCAAGGGUCACAAGGUCCGUAUUCUGGAGAAGUGCCCGGACAUCAACACCCAAGGUGACAUGUACUUUAUGGGUUUGUCUGCCACCAAAUUCUUCAAGCACUGGCCCGAGAUGGCGAAGGAGUUCGACGAGAUUUCUCUCCACAAUGCCUGGAUUGAGACGUACAAGCACGAAGGAGAAUUGGUGAUCCCUCCCAUCAAGGUGUCUGUGCGACUUCGGGAGGCUGGACUCGAUCCUAACACUCCUCCUGGGCUAUUUCAAAUGCGUCCGCUUGUUUACCGGAUGUACAUUCGUCAGGUGGAGCGACUCGGGAUCCCAAUUACUUUCAAUAAGAAGGUGGUCGACUAUUGGGAGGACAUUCAGUCCGGCAAGGGCGGAGUCACCACCGAGGACGGUGAUAGAUACGAAGCGGAUGUGGUAAUUGCGGCCGAUGGCGUUGGAUCAAAGGCACAAAAGCUGGUCGGAGGUCAGGUUAGGGCGAUGAAGUCUGGCAGGGCUAUGUGGCGUGCGGCUUUCGACAUCAAGUACCUCGACAAGAACCCCGAGAUCAAGGAGUUCUUCAGCAUGCACACUCCAAAGGAGGGUGGAAAGCCAGAGCCCAUCGUCCGUACCUGGCUUGGGCCGGGAACUUACGCCAUGAGUCUCACUCGCCCAGAUACCAUCAUUUGGAUCAUGAACCACGACGUUACCGGUUCAGAGAAGGAGUCUUGGACGCACACGGUUGAGGCUGACGACGUGUUGAGAAACAUGGACAAUAAAGUUCCUAAGCCAUGGGACCCCAAGCUCAAGGAGCUGGUCAAGCUCACUCCGCCCAAGACCAUCAUCAACUUUGAGCUCUUUUGGCGCAAUCCUCAGCCAAAGUGGGCAUCUCAGGGUGCUCGUGUUAUCAACAUUGGUGACGCCGCCCACUCGUUCUUGCCAGCUUCUGGAAAUGGUGCGACCCAAGCGAUCGAGGAUGCCGUCAGUCUGGCAGCGUGCCUCCAGAUAGGCGGAAGGGAGAAUGUGCCGAUGUCGGUACGUGCACAUGUGAGGAUGCGCUUCAUCCGCAACGCGUGUGCUCAGAAGCUAGGGUUUAGCAAUGCCGAACUGUUGCAGGACACGGACUGGAAGAAUGCGCGGAUGGACCCUCGUAAGGCCCAGCCCAAGAUGCCCAAAUGGGUCUGGCAACACGAUCCGGAGAAGUAUGCGUACGAGGUCUAUGACCACGUGGUGGAUAGCAUGAAGAGGGGCAUUCCGUUCGACCAGGACUUUGACAUGCCGCCCAACUAUCCUCCCGGGUACAAGUACGAGCCGUGGAAGAUCGAGGAUAUCAGGGACGCCAUGCGUGCGGGAAGGAAGGUCGAGCUGGGAGCCGGGGAUUGGAGUUAG